AUGAACACCCCCAGGUCAUCAUCACAAGGGAGGAUAUAAAAGAGAAAAGUAAACCUGGAGCAGUUCACAGGAGAGUUGAACAUACAUGUUGUUUUCUAGUGUAAUGGCUUCUAACAACCUCUAUCUGGCAAACAUCUCAGUCUUGAUUAUGUUCUUUGUUUUUUGAUUUGCACUUUACAAAUGUACGGUAAUAAUAUACAGACUGGGUGUAUUUAGCAUGACUUUUAACUCCACAUUUGUUCGACCUGCAAAGUUCUACCUUGCUGGGUUUUACAACAUGCCUCAUGAUAAGUAUUACUAUGUCUUUUUGUGUUUUGUGUACAUCAUGACUGUGCUUAGCAAUGGUUUCCUCCUCUCUGUUAUCUACCUGGUCAAGACUCUUCACACUCCCAAAUACAUAAUAGUGUUUAACUUGGCUUUUACCGAUCUUUGUGGGAGCACUGCUCUCAUCCCAAAACUGUUGGACACAUUUCUGUUUGACAGGAGGUACAUUGUUUAUGAGGCAUGUUUAACUUACAUGUUCUUUGUUUUAUUAUUUGGAGGUAUACAGUCAUGGACGCUUGUGACAAUGGCAUAUGACAGAUUAAUAGCAAUUUGCUUUCCAUUAAGCUACCACAGCAUUAUAACUACAAAAUCAAUAGUUUCAAUACUGCUGAGUUCUUGGAUUAUUUUGAUUGCUGUCAUAGCGAUCUUGGCUGUGUUUAUUAAUCGCCUCUCUUUCUGUGCAUCUAUAGAAAUUAAAACAUUCUUCUGUGACCACGGACCAAUAUAUCAACUGGCAUGUAACGAUAUAUCUUACAGUUACAAUAUGGCUGCUGUUGCCUUAAUUUUAAUCAUCUGCAUUCCUCUCAUUCUUAUAUCUGGCUCUUAUGUUUGCAUCUCCAUUGCUCUGGUCAGGACUACUUCAAGAGAAGAACGACUGAGAGCUCUGAAAACAUGUACUUCUCACCUGAUUCUUGUUGCUCUUUUUUUUCUUCCAUUUGUGGGCACCAACAUAGCUGUUUUAACUUCCUAUAUUCAUCCAAAUGCAAGGAACAUAAACUCAAGUUUGUCAUACACAGUUCCUCCACUGCUUAAUCCUAUUAUCUACUCUUUGAAGACAGAAGAAGUGAGGAAUGCUAUUCGGAGGCUGUGCAAAAGAGACAAACUGAACAAAAUAGCCAUUAAAUCAUGAUUUCUGUGAUGUUAUUUGUUAUCUGUAGCUCUCUAUUAUCAAUGUAUAUAUUGUGGUUUCUAUCAUUUGUUGAAGUCUUCCCUAUCAUAAAUCAAUACUGUUGAUAACUGUUUGUAGGUCAGCUAUUUUCUAAAUUAGUUUGAAUGUGUUUUGAUUAUGUUGCUGAAUGUCUUAAAAGAGCACCAGAGGAAAAUCCAAAACUUGAUUCAUCCAUAUUUUUUUGCACUAAAUUAAAUCAAUCAAAUUUUGAUGUGAAACACAAAAAGUGGAUUUGCAAGCUUGAUAGAAGUUUGUAGUUCUCUGACUAAAUUAAAAGGAUACUUUAACGUUUUGUAAUCUAUAGUUUCCUACAGAUUAAAAAAGGGAAGCACCAUUUUUGUUGACUUGUUUUCAAAAUAUAACAUUAAAAUAAACAAUUUAUGCUCAUGAUUUUUUAACAGUCUUUAAAAAACGUGGCAAAUAUAAUUUAAACUAUCAAGGAAAAAUAACUGAAAAUAAGGUUAGAAAGACUUUGAACAAAACAGGUUUUUCUGCUAAGAGCAACCCAAAGAAAACUUCUGACAACAGGUCACCAGUUUAAAAAUAAUAACUGAAGACAAAUAAAAUACGUUCUAAGAUGGAAAACAGCAUUUCUGUAGACUCCUGCACAUUUCAACAAUAUGAAAAGUACAUACAGGAUAUUUAGUUUUUCCUGUCAUGAUCCUUGGAUAGUUGGGUUUACGUUUUAAUUUGUGUUUGACAUUGGACAUUGUAACAAUAAUAAAUAACUCAGAAGUGGCCAAAACACAUUCUCUUGUCUUUUCUAAGUAGGCUCCCUGGUUUUCUUUGCUCAUUACUGGUUUCUCCUGUUACUAUGCCCAUGCUCCAUACCCUGUUCUCCUCAUUUAAGUUAUGUAGUUGUCCUCACUAAGACUAAGAAAGUAGAGCACAUCACCCCAGUU